AGUAAACGACCUUUUGGGUUUUUGUCUUUUUUUCUUCUAUAAAUAAAGCGUACAAAUCAAUCACAUUUCAUUUCUUUGUGGCCUUUUUCUUCUUCUUUUGUAACUCUUCAGCUUUGUUUUCUUCAAAGAUUCUUGGACUUUAGACUUAAAAAUAAGGAAAAAAAAAGGUUUGGGUGUGUCAGCUGGCAACUUUCUUGGAUAUAAUCUCUCUCCGGUGAGUUCUGUUAUGUUUCUUUCUGGGUAAAUUCUGUGUUUCUUGCUGGUUUUCUCGAAUUUUUUUAAUGUUUUUCUGAAAUGAGUUCUUUGUUUAUUGAGUUCCUAUUACAUACAUGGUGGUCAUUGACCUGUUUAACUUAGGAAGAUAUUUAAAGUUUUGGAAUUGAUUAAAGUGUAAUCUUUUUUAUAGGCUUUGAUCCUUUUAGUUUUUUAUUUUCUUUUUUCCUGGUGAGUUUUGUUUCUUUCUGGUGAAUUCUGUAUUCUUUGAUGGUUGAAUUGUUUGUUGGAUCAAAAUCUUGAAGCUUUUCCUCAAAUGGGUUCUUUGAUUUUUGUGUUUUUGGUUGGUUGGGAAUAACUCCUAUGAAUUACUUAAAGAUUUGGAAUUGAUAAAAGUAUAACGUAUUUGAGAGGCUUGGAUCCUUAUAGCUUUUAUUUACCUUUUCGGCUGACUGCUGUUCUGUUCUUUCUGGGUAAAUUCUGUUUUCUUUCCUGGUUGCAUUGUAUUUUUUUUUUCAAAUACUAUAAUUGUUUGUUUUACGAAGUUCUCUCUUGAAGGUGUAAUCUUUUCUGGGGUCUUUGAUUACAGUUCAAGUAUAGUCAAUCUUGAGUUCUAUCUACUGAUACACAAAUGGCUAUAAAGAAAAACGGGUUCAUUCCAAGUUCUGCACCAGAAGAACUGAAGAAAGUUUUGAAAGCAGUGGCAUCCGAAUGGGGAGAUAUGAUACAAGAUAUGGAAGAAUUUCAUGUGAUUCCAUUGAAAGGAGCUAUGACCAACGAGGUUUUUCAGAUAAACUGGCCGACAAAACAUGGUGAUCUUCACCAGAAAGUGUUGGUCCGGAUUUAUGGUGAAGGUGUGGAAGUGUUUUUCAAUAGAGAUGAUGAGAUUAGGACCUUCGAAUGCAUGUCCAGGCAUGGUCAGGGACCUAGGCUUCUUGGGCGGUUUGCUGAUGGAAGGAUUGAGGAGUUCAUUCAUGCAACGACACUCUCUGCUUCUGACCUCCAUGACCCUGAAAUAUCUGCCAUUGUAGCGGCUAAAUUGAGAGAGUUCCACAAUCUUGACAUGCCUGGUCCAAAGGAUGUACUUCUCUGGGAGCGAUUGAGGGCCUGGCAUAGUAAGGCAAAGAAAUUCUGUUCCCCAGAAGCUGCAAAAGAAUUUAGCUUGGAUAUUCUGGGAGAGGAAAUCAGCAUCCUACAGAAAGAGUUAACAAAGGGCUAUCAAGAAAUUGGGUUUUGUCACAACGAUUUGCAAUAUGGUAACAUAAUGAUGGAUGAAGAGACAAGAGCAGUUACUCUAAUUGACUAUGAGUAUGCAAGUUACAAUCCUGUUGCUUAUGAUCUUGCAAAUCACUUCUGUGAGAUGGCGGCAAAUUAUCAUUCUGAGACACCCCAUCUUUUGGACUACAGCAUAUACCCUGAUAUGGAGGAGCGCCGAAGAUUCAUUUGUGCAUAUCUGGCAUCUUCAGGAAAUGAAACCAGUGAUGCUGAAGUGGAGCAACUACUUGUUGAUGCGGAGAAAUACACUCUUGCUAAUCAUCUGUUUUGGGGCUUAUGGGGAAUAAUCUCGGGUUACGUAAACAAGAUAGACUUUGACUACCUGGAGUACGCAAGGCAGAGGUUUCAGCAGUACUGGUUAAGAAAGCCCUUGCUCUUGGGUUCCUGACUCAAGGCAUUGCCCUUGUUGAAAGUAACAAUGUAGCCUUAAGAGAAGCUAUAGAUUUGCUCAAGUUUAUGUAGAAUAAAUCUAGUAUGUUGAUGGUACCUAUAAAAUACAGUGAAAAGCAUUUGUAAAUAACAGAAAGCAAAGCGUUGAGGAUGGCUAGGGGUUUGCAUCCAUGUGUGAAAUAGUAAGGCUUUUAGAGAAAGCGAAAAGGACGGGAGGUUUUAUGGAUUAAAAUUGUCAAGUAUAUACAGUCUAUUACAUGAGAAUUUAAUCUUUUUAAGAAUAAGUAAUUGUAUGAUUCAAGUAUAAGAGUUAAAGCUUCUCAAAAAGUUCAGAUGAAUGUUGUUUGAACUGUAAGUAGAAUUUGAAUCCUCUGAGUAUUGGCAGGGAAUAUUUAAAACAUUUCAAUUAAUUUUUAUCGUUCUUCA